UCUUAUGGCUCCCGAAGGUUGGCCCGAUGGAAAAAAAAAAAAUCGUUGCGAAGUUCCGGGCGGACAAUCCGUUGGAAGCCAUAUUAUGGUCCAACGGAUUAUUUCGUCUGGUUUUCGAGCAUCCUGCUGUGGCAUGUAGCGCCAGGGGGCCCACGACAUGUCAGGAUUCGAGAUUGGAUUGAGGCCUAGAGCGGCCGAGCGGCCACCACAGACCACACAACCCACGGUAGAGAGCGAGAGCCAAGUAAGUGCAGCACGGGCACCACCAUGUCAACCGCCUCUCUUAUGCUAGAGAAGAAUGCCAGCUCCGACUGGGUGAUCAACAGGAUGAAGGGCACCAACUGGGGCGACAAACCGAACGUAGGCCAUGCUAGUCUGUUCCAGUUCUUGCCGGGGUUUUACGUUGCCAUGAGCGUAAAGGAGAGCGGCAAAUGCUACAGCGAGCCUGAACGAAAUGCAGGGGCAGUCAAAGUUUACAAAAGCUUCGCUGUGCCGGCGUUCCUUCGCUGGUUGGUAGAGGAAUACGACUUCACCAAUACCCCAGCUUGGCUCACGAAGGACAUCAUGGGCAGCAACUCGAUAGGACCUAAAGUCUUGCGCCCCGGGGCGAACUCGCACAUCAGGGGUCGAUCCCCCCCGACAGAAAACGAACUCCAACAUGUCGCGUUUCCCCGGCUCUGCUUUAUUUUGACGGGGGCACCAUAAUUAACCAGGGAGUUGGUACUGGCUGCACGGCCGGCGAGUACUGUGGUAGUGCCAUGUGUCAGGGUGAACAGAAAAUCGAAUUAUUCAUCGACUCGGCGCUCUUGGAUCGCGCGGUCUGCCUGCCAUCGACUCGGCGCUCUUGGAUCAAUAUUUGCGACAAUUGGACAUGCCGUCCUGCGGGAGGAAAGUCGUGUACCGCCAUAAAAAAAUAAAGAGAGGAGCGAGCGUGGAUACCGUUCCAAGUGUCGCCUUGAUAUUCACCAUCCGUUCCUAUCUCUGCUUGGCACCUUACAUCAUCCGGUCCAAAACACGCGGAUGUCUUCCGUGGUCACAGACCAGCUACCCAGAUUUUGGGCACACACAAUGCACUCGAUAGUCAGACGAGAAAGCCAAAACGGCCCAGGUCUUGGCAUAGACCUAAACACAUGAAUAAUAUAAUUGAAGGUCCCAGUCAGACACAUCAGGACGAGGAAGGGAAUAAGUAGGAACAUUCUCGUUCGGUAGGCGGUGCCAAACCCCUUCACUCAUUCAGACAACAUUGAAAGUGCACGAUUUUGAUCUAUUCCUCCUACAUUCACCGCUGGGGUUGACACUGCCAUGCCACUUGCGGUGGUUCUAGUCACCAACUUCGCUCAGCUAUCGACCAACAGGCGACUCAGAUGGUGUACAAAGAUCCGGUUACAAAGGUUAUAGAACGUAAAAUAACAAACAGGGAGAGCGGCGUACUGCACCUAGAUCACGGCGAACCACAUACAUAAAUGGUGGACGGCGACAAAACACAACCUCGUACCGAGAACACACUGCAAAUAAGACGUUGUAACCAGCACCUGCACCCUGCCUGCACAACCUACCCAGUCCGGUAAACUGAUGCAAAACCUUCCAUAGAAACAUUUCCAAUUUGUGAUUUCAUAAUGGCAUAUUAUGUAACGGUGCCUCCCAUGAAGUGAAUCAGUCGAAUCCCUAAGGAUGCACUCUAAAACGCAGAGGAAGAAAGCCACGAUUCUAAGGACAUGCAGUACGGCUCCUCCAGCAAACCCACUCCGAGCGUGAAAUAACCAAGCCGGUUUGGCAUACAGUUCUCAGGCUGAACGAAAACACGCGCGUCAAAGAAAAGAGAUUCGCGCACACCAAACCAAAAAAAGCGCCACGUGCACUUUAGCCAGUCGUGGCGUGUCUGAGCCACCGAAUGUCGUU